AUGGCUCAAGUAGCUCAAUUAGGUAAAUUGCCUCGUCAAAUCCUUCUGGCAUUCCGAGUCCUUCCAUCCGACAGAAAAAGUCCUUCCAUCCGACAGAAAAAGUUUUUCCUUCCGACAGGAAAAGUUUUUCCCGACAACUGGAAAAAAUUUUCCCGACAACUGGAAAAAAUUUUCCGGACAAAAGAAAAAAUUUUUCCUUCCGACAGGAAAAAAUUUUCCAGUUGUCCGUCCGUAAACCAUUCAAAUUUUCGAAAAUUGAGAACUUUUUGGUCGAACUUCAGAAAAAGUUUUUCCUUCCGACAGAAAAAGUUUUUCCUUCCGACAGAAAAAGUUUUUCCUUCCGACAGGAAAAGUUCUUCCUUCCGACAGGAAAAGUUUUUCCUUCCAACAGGACACAAACGGAUGACUGACGUUCCUCUUCCUGAAUGCCUUCCAAAGCCAGAAGAACCGACAGCCCCAGCACCACAACAGACUUACUAA